GAUCCAAACCGUAGAAGAAGAAACCACGGAAGCACAUGUUUACCAGCGACGGGACGCAAACCUUUGAAUCUCUUAUGGAUAUCUGAACGUAGUUACCUUUAGUGCGGGGUAUUAACCUUGUGUUUGACUGCAUGAGACAUCGAACUGUUUUAUUUAAUUGAAGUGCAGCUCAGAUCCAACUCGGCACCAUGGUCCGAGCAAAACGAGCUCAACAACAGAGGAGGCCUAGAAAGGUGGAACAGUAUGAUGAAGAUGACCCUGAAGCCUACAAACACAUGCCUGUUCCCGAUAAGAAGUCGUCGGAGUUCAUCAAGGACAAGAUCGACGAGUUUCAUGAUCAGAAGAUCGCGAAACUUCUCGCUCGCGGGGUUCAGGUGGAGAGCGACGUGGAGGAGCUAGACGAUGAGGAGGAGGUGAUGGCUCUGGACGACUCAGAGUCCGAGGAAGAAGAGGGGACAGAUAUGGAGAGUGAUCUAGAAGAGAAAAAGGAGGAGGAUCUUCCUAAUGAAAUGGCGUGGGGAACCAAGAAGAAAAUGUUCUACAACUCGGACUAUCUCGCCACCAAGGGGAAGUCACAGGAAGAGUUGGACGCAGAGGAAGAGGAGGAGGAGGAAGAAGCAAAAAACAUCCAGAAACGUCUAGCUGCGAAUCUGAGCGAGGAGGAUUACGAUUUAAACUUUUUUCAGGAGUUCGCUGUGGAGGAGAAGGAUGAAGACAAACCUGUGGAGAAACAGGAGAAAAUUGUGAAGGACUUGAAGCAGAUGUCUCAGAAGGAGAAGAUGAAGCUUUUGAGGAAAGAUUCGCCAGAGCUGCUUGAGCUCAUUCAGGACUUCAAGGCAAAGCUCACUGAGCUGAAGGACGAGCUGCAGCCCCUCAUGCAGAUGGUCAAAGAUGGUGCGAUCCCUGCAGGAAAGGGGGCGGAUUACCUGAAGACAAAACAGCAACUUUAUCUCAAUUACUGCACCAACAUCAGCUUCUACCUGGUGCUGAAAGCAAAGCGGAUCCCCGCACACAACCACCCUGUGAUCGAACGGCUGCUCGCCUACAGAAACCUCAUCAAUGAACUGGGCACAGUAGAUGCUCGUCUGGCUCCAGAGCUUCGUCAACUUCUCACCGGAGGGGAGAAAGACAAACGUUUGAGCAGCCCAGCAGAAGGGAGGAACACCAGAACGCCAAGUGAAAAGGAAAAGGACGCUGGAGAAACUCUACCCGAGAGCGGCGACUCGGCGGACUCGGACUUGGACGAGGAGGCGGCUCUGCGUUUCUACAAAGAAGUGGAGGAACGGGUGAAACUGAAGAGGAAGAGCAAAAACCCAGAAGAGCUGGAGGGGAACGACGAGGGCGAGGCGGAUGAAGAGGUGGAUCUGGACGCCAAAAGAGGAAUCACUUACCAGAUGGCCAAGAACAAGGGGCUGACGCCCAAGAGGAAGAAGAUUGACCGUAACCCCAGAGUCAAACACAGAGAGAAGUACAGACGGGCCAAAAUCCGCAGAAAGGGACAGGUGCGAGAAGUCCGUCGGGAGGAGACGCGGUACGGAGGGGAGGUGUCUGGCAUCCGGGCCGGUGUCAAGAAAAGCACCAAGCUUAAGUAACCAGGAGAGUCCAGAGUGUGUUGUUGUGUUGCAGCCGAGGCAGCGGGCUGCACCUGUGUGCCUUUAUGAUCGGUCACCAGUCCUGAAAUCAUGCUGCGCUUUUCCUGAUAACGUGAAUAAACAUUCAAAGAUCACUGAC